GCAGAAAAUCUUCUUUGCCAUGCCUUGUUGUACGAUAUCCUGUCGUUUUGAUUUCUUGUGGAAAUUCAAAAUUUGAGAUUACAAAUUUUUGAAUUUUGUUAUUUUUGGUUCCUCAAAAAAUCAGUUAGGAAAACGAGCCAAUGUCCUCAAUAGUUCAGUUCCACUCGUGAUCAGUGGAUUAGGAUUUUCGAGAUUAUGAAGUAUGGGAUAUCGAUGUGCUGUGUCGACAUGUCGGAAUCACAAUCCCAGGACACGAAUUUUUGAUAAGUCGGUGAAGUAUUAUCAGUUUCCCAAAGUUCCUGAAAUACGAGCCAAGUGGAUAGCUGUAUGCCAAAGAGUUGACCAUUUUCCUGCGGAUAACAGUUAUAUUUGUUCAGAGCAUUUCACUCAAAAUGAUUUUCAUCGAGAUUUGAAAGCUGAGUUGAUGAACUUGCCGCCAAAACGAAAUCUUGUAUCUGAUGCUAUACCUACGCAAAAUUUAACGACAAAUCCUAGAAUCGACGAAGAUAUACCUAAUAUUUUACGUAAACAUAAAGAUCCAGGGAUACCAAACAUUAGCAAGGAUAAUAAAGAAAAUCUAACCAAAAGUGACGCAAACGGCGUAAAUAACGGAUUCAUAAUAUCUUAUUUAGGCGUUCCGAGGCUAUUAAUAACAGCACCUAAUUCUAAAACUUCCGAUGAUUCUAAGACAUCAAGUGAGGGUUCCCAAAGUAGAAUCAUCUCUGUUAAUUCCGAAUACGCGUCAGAUAUCAGAUCAACAUUUUACAGUCAAGACGAGAGUGUUGGUCAGAUGGAACAUUUAACUGAAUCUAUACCGGAUAAAAAUAUUUUCAAAUUGGACGAUCUAUGCCGGUUAUGCGGCUGCUACAGUAAUCGCAUGAAAGCUAUAUUUGAACAGAGUCAAUAUAAUUACUACGAAAUUAUUAGCAACCAUUUCCCUGAUAUAAAGAUUCAAAAAGAGGAUAUCUUACCAUUAAGUAUAUGUUCUCGUUGUGAAACUACCUUAGUGAACUGGUACCAAUUUUAUAAGACUUGUAACAUCGUUAACAAGAGAUUCCAAUCAAUAUUGAAAAAAUUAACAGAAGUUCCACCUGUCGUUAUCCCAAAAGAAGUGCCUGAAAACCCCAAAUUGACCAUCCAAAAUAUUGAAGCAAUGGAGACUGCUUCUUACGAGAAUACCGACGAUAAUGAUAUCGUCUACGAAGACGAUUCAGUCGGAGAAAUCGAAAUAGUCGAGGUAACCGCAGAACCCGAAGAAGCUGAUACAGUCGACGUGUUUCCUGAAGAGAAACUCGUCGAAAGUGUACCUGAAGAAAUUCCUGUAGAAAUUGUGGAAGAAAAGUUUGAUCCUCUCGCUUCGGAGCAGUUCGAAAGUAAAAUUCACAAAAUCGUAAUCGAUAGCGUGGAAAAUGAACUGAAAGAAGUAAAGAAAGAAGUCGAAUGCGUGCAAAUUAAAGAUGAAAUAAUAGAAAAAAAUGAAGUUGAAAUUCUACCGAGAUCGUCGGAUUUAUUAAAAAUGAAAAGCCGGGAAACUCUCGCAGCACGCCGUCGUCGACGUCGACGCAUACCAACCCUAAACCUGCGUCGAAUGUGUCAUAUCUGCGGUAAAAUCUUCAAAUAUCCGGAAUCCCUGCGAAGACAUCUGAAGACUGUACACUCAGACGAACGGCCUUUCAAAUGUCACCAGUGCACUUCGAGUUUCAACCGUAACCAUAACCUAACCAUUCACAUCAAGGUAGUUCAUCAGCGUCAAAAAGUUUACGAGAAAAAACACGUACCGCGAUUAUGCGACUACUGCGGCAAAGUCUUACUAUCCGCUCGUUCGUUGGAAGAGCACAUCAGCAGUAUACAUACGAAAAAAGCCCUUUACGAAUGUGAUAAGUGUCAUUCGACCUUCUAUCGUAAAUUAACUUACGAUAAACAUCGCGCUUCAAACGAAUGCGAUAGUGCUAAUCCUCAAAAAUGCAACGCUCCCAAACCGGAAGAAUCCUUCCAUAAAUUUUGCGAACAUUGCGGAUUAGAGUUUAAAAAAGAACAUUUUUACAAAAAACAUAAGUUGAAACACAACAGUAACUUCACUUGUCCAGUAUGUUCGGUGAAUUUCGCAGAAGGUACUUCGCUCAAAGAACACGUCGAAUCGCAACAUCCUGAAAUGAAACCAUUCAAGUGUGACCAGUGUGGUAAAAAAUUUAAAAAUAAACCUUUGCUGAACUGUCAUCUGAUAAUUCACACCGGAGAAAAACGCUACCAGUGUCCGCAUUGUUCUUUGAAAUUUUUGAAAAAGAAGUACUUGUCGACUCAUAUUCUUGUCCAUACCGGUGAACGACCGUUCGUGUGUUCAAUUUGCAAUAAAGGAUUUAAACAGAGCGGAGAUAUGAGAAAACACAAGGCUACUCACAUGAGAAAGCAAAUGUAAUUCAUUCGUCCUAUAAAUUAUAAUGUGUUUGCUUUUACUAAAAUACUUUUCAAGUGUACAUUUGUGUACACAAUUUAGUUCUAAUUAUGUUGUGAUUUAUUUUUAAUAUUAAUUGUCAUAUUGAUACUAAAAUUCCUUGGCAACAAAUUAAAAUCAAGCAUAAAUGCCGGA